AUGUCAGGUCUACUAGCACCCCCCGAGAUUCUCACUCGCACAAACUGGAAAUCAUGGAAGAAUGAAAUCGAGAAACACGCCCGAAAUCAAGGAGUCUGGAAGUUCUGCGACCCCGACGCCCUAGAUAAAUGCCACCCCGAACUCCACGAACCCGAGAAACCACGCAUUUCUACAGUCCGGCCCGAAGCACAAUCCAUCGUUGAUCUUGGAGAAGAUGACUUCAUCGAAUUAUCCUCGAUCGUAGACCGAUACUGGAAGAAAAUGCAAGUAUACGACAAGAUUCAAGCGGGACUGGGGGUCGUCUUUAACCUUAUAAAAUACCAUGUCGAUGCCGAAUACUUCGAUCUCAUUGAGCAUGCAGAAACACCACUGGACCAGAUGAUGCUGCUAUCUGCUAAAUUCAAGAAACCUCGCCUGGAAGAUCUGCAGCCAAGAUGGGAGCUUAUACAAAGACUGGCUAGUGCACCGGAGGUACAAGAGCUAUUUGAACUCUGGAAUCUCUUUUUCACAGACUGCAAUAGGUAUCAAUCUUGUGAUGCCCGAAGACAGGAUGCCUUUUGGGAAUGUGUUGAUAUGGGGGGAGACGUCUCGGGGAACUGGCUGCCUCUCACUGCCCAGGACUGGAUUGAAAAACCCGAUCAUGUUGAGUCGGCGGCCAAUUGGAACGAUUCCGCGCAAUCUCGUUCGCCGGCUAGGCAGGAAUCUCCCGCUUCCCAGAGCUGGAUUAAACCCCCCGAUCAUAUUGAAUCGAUAAACCACUGGGGUGUUCGCGCUCAACCUCGUUCACCGAUCAGACGGGAGUCUAUCGAUUCUCAGUACUGUGUCGGCGACUACAAGGAUAUGUUGAAUAAACGUGAAGAGACAUUUGGGGGCGAGUUUGGGUCGGAUUUUACACGACGAUUGACACUGUGCCAGACACAAGACAGCAAAAUCUAA